GGUGCAGCAUCGUGCGCGAGGGGUGUAGUAGUAGUGUUGGUUGGUUGGAACCAGCAAGAAGAUCAACGCAAAAGAUCAACAGCAGCAGCAGCAGGAGUCGGACCAGACCAACAAGGCCCUAGCGAGGAGGCAGCAAGUCCGCAAGGCGCAGAAGCAGCACCGCCAGCGGAAAGUCAACUACACCCGGGAGCUCGAGAUGGACGUCGCCAGGCUGCGCGACCUGAUCGAGCUGACAGAGCGGGAGAGCCUCGCCAUAAGGGCCGAGAACGAGGUUAUCCGCCACCGGCUGCUCGGGAAGACAGCUCCAGCUCCGGCUCCAGUUCCGGCUCCGAGGCCCAGUCUAGCGGUACCUCCGACGUUGUUGACGUACGGGACUACGGCGUCGUCGGUGUCGGUGUCGUCGUCGGUGUCGGUGUCGUCGUCGCUGCCCGAGUACACGGUUAGUCUGGUUAGCUCGGCCACGGAUCUGGACAAGCCCAUGUACCAAGUGCAACGGACGUCGAGGCCGCCGUCGUGGGCUCAUGCUGCGGGCGCUGGGUUCGAGGAUAGGGGGAGCGGGUUCUUGCCGCAGACGGAGACGGAGCAAGCUAUAAACUUUAUCCUAGAGCUCGAACGCGUCUGCUGGGGCCACUUCCACCCCUCGAUGUACGGCCACGAGGACUACGACGCGGAAGCCAGCGAGCACGGGCACUCGCUGAUGGUCAGCGCGCUGGCGCUCCGCAGCGCGCCGCCCGAGGCAUGGGCGCACAUCGGCGCGGAAAAAGACCGACAAGCCUCCCAUCCUCACCCUCACUCCGAUCCUCGCCUAUCGUCCUCCUUCUCCUUCUCCUUCAACACCCCCCCUCACCCAUCCCAUAACACCACCAUAACAUCCUGGCCCACACCCCCCACCCCAGACCUCACCCUCAGCAACCUGCACGGCCUCGCCUCGGUGCUCAACCCGAACCCGGCCGCAGCGCCGGACCUCGCGCCCGUCCAGGCGUGGUUCGAGAUGGCGCGCGUGUACGGCGGGGCGGCGGCCGUGCUGGCGGACGCGCCGCGCCUGGCGCGGCUGCGCGCCGAGCUCGCGCGAGCCGUCGAGUGCGUGCACUACGGCGCCGUGAUCCGCCGCGUGGACUUCGAGGACGUACUCGAGAGGGUGCUGGGCGCGCCGGCGGUCGGGGUUGCGGUGAGUGCCGAGGGGCCUGUUGGGGUCGGGGUUGGGGGGAUGGCAGGAGGGGAGUGGAUUUGAUUGUAACGUGUUUUAUGUUAGGUAUGUUUAACGUACCUUAGGUACCUGGUAUAUAUAAAGUUUGGUAGUUGGUGGUUGAUGGUUGAAAGUUGAUUUGGAGAUAAGCGAUGGGAUUGGGAGUAUGUAGGUAUGUAUGAGGGAAAAGAGAAAUUGACCAUGGGAAAGCGGGCGCGGGAUGUAGGAAUCAGGAAAUGAGGUUUAUGUGUGCAUAUGAGUGAGUUAAAAGGAAAAGGCACAUAGAAAAAGCAUACGAUCA